GGAACGCGAGCUGGGUGGUUUUUCAACGGAGAAAAGCCCAGCUUUGGGGCUUGGUGGAGAGUGAGCGAGUGUGUGCCUCCAGCAGCUGGCUUCUGGCGGGAGAGCCCGCAUGGAGAAAGAGCAGAGUGGGCAGCCUAGCGGCGAGGCCGUGGCGCUCUCGCAGCUGGAGGCGCCGCAGCCGGAGGGUGGGGAGGAUCCGCAGCACGCGCCUCGCGAGAAAAAGCAUCGAUGUAGGUUUGAUGGCCAAGAAACAAAAGGAUCUAAGUUCAUUACCUCCAAUGGAAGUGAUUUCAGUGACCCAGUUUACAAAGAGAUUGCUAUUACAAAUGGCUGUAUUAAUAGAAUGAGUAAGGAAGAACUCAGAGCUAAGCUUUCAGAAUUCAAGCUUGAAACCAGAGGUGUAAAGGAUGUAUUAAAGAAGAGACUGAAAAACUAUUAUAAGAAGCAGAAGCUAAUGUUGAAAGAGAGCAGUUGUGCUGAUAGUUACUAUGACUACAUUUGUAUUAUUGACUUUGAAGCCACUUGUGAAGAGGGUAAUCCACCUGAGUUCAUACAUGAAAUAAUUGAGUUUCCUGUUGUUUUAUUGAAUACUCAUACCUUGCAAAUAGAAGAUACGUUUCAGCAGUAUGUAAGACCAGAGAUUAACACUCAGCUUUCUGAUUUCUGCAUCAGUCUUACCGGAAUUACUCAGGAUCAGGUUGACAGAGCUGAUACUUUUCCUCAGGUACUGAAAAAAGUAAUUGACUGGAUGAAAUUGAAGGAAUUAGGAACAAAGUAUAAAUAUUGCAUAUUAACAGAUGGUUCGUGGGAUAUGAGUAAGUUUUUGAACAUGCAGUGCCAACUGAGCCGGCUCAAAUAUCCUCAUUUUGCUAAAAAGUGGAUCAAUAUUCGAAAGUCGUAUGGAAACUUUUACAAGGUUCCUAGAAGCCAGACCAAACUGGCAAUAAUGCUUGAAAAAUUAGGAAUGGAUUAUGAUGGACGACCUCAUAGUGGUCUUGAUGACUCUAAGAACAUCGCACGAAUAGCAGUGCGAAUGCUUCAAGAUGGAUGUGAACUCCGAAUCAAUGAGAAAAUGCAUUCAGGACAACUAAUGAGUGUGUCCUCUUCCUUACCAAUAGAGGGCACUCCAGCUCCACAAAUGCCACAUUUUAGAAAGUAAUAGCAUUUUUGUCUGGGGAACAUUCUAACUGGAGUUGCUACAAAAGAGGUAGCAGAUGGAUGCUCAUUGACUGCAGUGCAAACUUCAAGCACCUUAAACAUGAAAAAUCUUUGUUACGAUUAUAUGUAUAUAUAUUAUGUAUGUGAACAGAUUUUGUGGGAGGGCAUAUUGAAUUCUUUCUCACCAGCACUUUUGAUAUGAGCAGUAUUUGUUACACAGUAAUGUCCUGCUUAUAACUAAAUUUUUUAAAUUGUCCAAGAUUUUAAGGUGUCCAAGAUGUACUCUUUUUGAUUUUAAAAUGCAAAAUUUUAUUGAUUCUUCCCUUAAAUGUCAUAUUUUAUUGGUGUUGAGAUAUAGAAUGUAUUUCUGAAUUAACAUCAUUUCAUUAAAUCAUUCUUAAAAUGCCAAAAAAAAAUUGAAAGGUAGGCCUAUGUUAACCUUUGGGUUUUAUAAAUAUAGUCCUCUUGACUUUUGAAGUUUAUAUAGGAAGUUCAACUACAGUCCUCUCUCAGUACUCUUGGGUUUAGUUCCAGGACCUGGUGUGGAUACCUCAAGUCACUUACAUAAAACGGCAUAGUAUUUACAUAUAACCUACAUAGUCUUCCCAUAUAUUUUAAGUCAUCUCUCAUUUAUCAUACCUAAUAAAUAUAACUACUAUAUAAAUAGUUGCUGUACUGUAUUGUUUAGGGAAUAAUGACAAGGAAAAAAGUUUAUUCUGAUACAAACAGUGUAGACUAACCUACAUAGUACAGGAACAAGAUGCGGGACCAGCAAUGACCAAACAACRUGUGCUGGAGAGAAACUAAGCAUCUGUGGAGUGGCAGGCUGCAGCAGGGUGUGCUCACACAUCACUUUUUUUUGUGAAGAUUCAGCGUAGUGCUGGACAUGUGGAAAAUUCAAGUUUUGCUUUUUGGAAAAUUUCCCCCAAAAUAUCUUCAGUCUAUUGUUGGUUGAAUCUACAGAUGUGGAUCCCAGACUGGAUAUAUGGCGAGUUUCGUAAAAAUAUUUGGUGUACAUAUCUGCUUUUUCUUUUUUUUUUUUUUACUUAAUUGUAAAACUUGAUGGAUUAUUGGAUUAAAAAUUAAGUUACUAGAGAUUAAUGAAAAGUAAAAAAUGAAUACUAUUUCAUAGGGCUGUUGCUCAAACUUUAUAAAAUAGUGAGUUCUUUUGGAUUUGAUUGAUUAGUUUCCUUCCCUCUUAUGACAUACUUGCCCUAAUUCUUAAAUCUAAGAUGCCACACUUAGAAGUAGCCAUUUAAUAUUACAUUUGUAUUUAGUUUUAUAAAUAAUGUUUCCUAUCAUAUGCUUUUAUUUUUAAAACCUCCAUUGGCCACUAGUGUUGUUUAGUUAGUCAAUAUAUUCUUGAUUGUCAGACUUCACUUAAUAUAUGACCACUAGUUAUUGAGUAGUUCUUAAUUCUAAAAACAAAGAUGGCUUUUGGAUUAGUAAAGUUGAUAAAAUAAGACUUAUUGGAGACUAAAAUAUGUAUUUUUAAGAAUUAAAUUUCCUGUGGCUUUCUCAUGGACAUUGCUUGCUUUUCUUUUACUUUGUAAUACUUGUGAUUCUACUUUAGUGAUUUGUGUAUUGUYAUCAAAUGAAUUAGCAAAGAUUUCCUGACACUGAUGUA